AUGGCUAUCGCUGCAGUGUCCGAGGUGGAAACCCGGCUGUGCGGGAACUGCAAAAAGGAUAUUCCUGCUGCCAAUUUCAUCAUUCAUGAAAUCCACUGUAGCAGAAACAUUGAAGUGUGCAGCUACUGCAGCGAAUCCAUCCCAAAGUCUGAGAUGAAGAACCAUAUUGAGUCUGAACACGUGCAGGUGACCUGCAAGUGUAGGAUGAAGAUGGAAAGCAGUCUCCUAAAGGAUCAUGAGGCGUCGGCCUGCCCCCUGCGUCCUGCCCUCUGCCAGUUCUGUGACAUUCCCCUUACCUUCAACAAGCUCCAGGACCACGAGGUUUACUGUGGGGCUCGGACUGAGACAUGUGGUGGCUGUGGUCAUAAUGUCCUGGUGAAAGAUCUGAAAGAGCAUCCUCGAGUCUGUGGGCAAGAAGUGAAAAAAGGAAGAGGAAGGAGAACAUUGCCUUGCUUUGAGGGCGAGGAUGGAGACUUGCACACUCUUCGUGAUGUGAGAACCCGGUUGAGAUCAGAGGAUUAUCUGGACCAGUUGGAGAGCAAUCAAACCACUCAUUCUUCACUUUAUGACGAGUGGAAUACAGAUUUAGACUACGUGUUGGCUCUUAGCCUCCAAAAUGAGAGUAAUCCUCCCAAUAAUACUGCAGAUGAAAUUCCCAGUGACUUCUGGGAAAACUACUACACCAAAGAGUCUGUGCCAUCUGCCUGUCUUCAUGAAAGAGACAAGGCAAAUAUCUUCUCCUGUGACUCUUUGGCAUCUCUUAGCACGUCAAACUGCACAAAAAGGGAUGAGAUCAUCAUGCUGCCAUGUGAGUUCUGCGAGGAGCUCUACCCUGCAGAAGACCUGAUUCUUCACCAGACAGGUUGUAACCCCGCAAGUGCCUUUGCCUCCUUCAGUAAAAGAAGUUGUUCUCCAAAUCCACGAGGAUACGAUGGUCUGCGUGCUCCUGGCUCCAAAAGCUGCAGGUCUCACUUUUCAUCCCAGUCCCAACCUGUCUGGGAAGCAGAAAACAUGAUUCCAUGUGAAUUUUGUGGCAUCCAGCUAGAAGAGGAGAUACUCUUCCAUCAUCAGCACCACUGCGACCUGCGCCCGGCCAGCCCCACUGCAGGCUUCAAACCUCAGCAGCUGCGGCCUGCUCACCACAGCUACCCAGGGAGAAGAGACUCUCCAGAGCUGGCUCGGAGACGAGUCAGGCACCAAGGAGAUGUUUCUCCUUGGUGCGCAGAAGACUUUGGGCAGCAGAGGCUCAGCUGUCCUGCACGAGGGACCAAGUUGCUGAAUACUGCAGCCAACACCAGGAUGGCUCCAUUGUCCUCUUCAGCUAGAGCCAGUGAUGCCCCCAACGCAAGAGGGAAGCCCAGGAAGGCAUCUAGUAAUGAGGGGAGGCUGAAGAGCAGAGGUGCAGGUGGAUCUGCAGGCGGGACAAUGCCACAUGAGAGACCUGCUCAGAACUCUCAUUCUGAAGCCUUCACAACCAGCUCCUCGAGACCUUCUCCAUCCCAACCAAGCACCACCAGUGGAGGAGGAAGGAGCCUCCGGAUGGCAGAGGGUUCCAUUGACUUCAGGCGCAGAAGCUCACAGGCAAAAGCCCAGAGCCCAGCGUCUGGCCACCCAGAGAAGUGAUGCAGCACUCCUGAAGGACAAGGUCAGCCCUCCACACUACAGCUCUGCACCAUCAUCUUUCAUCUGAGGGCAGGCCCAAGCCCACAGUGCUGACACCAAGACCUUUAGUGGAUUUAGGUUUCUACAGGCAGUGAUCAUUUUCUAUCUUUCUCUCUGUUGUUAAUUGGUGAGGGUACCCUACAGCUUUGAUGUCUGUGACCUGUACCAGCGGCACCAAACGCCCCUCUGCCUGGGCACCCACCUGGGUUGUUUCUGUGUUGUCUCUUUGCGACACCCAGUGAAAGAGUUUGUGACCUACUGGACUCCAAGCAGGUGUCCUGCUGCUCUUGGGUGAAUUCCUUGUUCUCAAGACAACA